AUGAUCAGGUCGAUUGUUACUCUUCUCUUGUUCUGUCAAUUGCUCAACAUCGGGAAAGGCCUGUGGGCGAAUGGCACUCGCGACGAAAAUUCAGAGACAGCGCAGCGAUUCAGGCUGCGAAGGAGCCUCACGUUUCCCAGUCCGGAGUCUAUGCUUUUGCUGAUCUUCGGUCUAGGCACUCCGUUGCAGCUGGAUCGCGAGAACGUAAUCGUGGGUGUAUUUACGAAAAUGAUAUAUGCCAUGCCGACCAACGCCACGGAUUUCACCGAACCAGGAGUGUAUUAUGGGAAGACCAGUAGGAGCAGGUGGAGCUUUUACAAGUUGUUCGAAAAAAUAACAGCCAUGUACGGCUUGGGCGGCAAAGAGUGUUUACUCAAGGCCAUUUGCGAAGUCGCUUCCGCCCCAUUUGACGUCCAUCACGGUUUACUGGGACAAUUGGUACAGACUUUCCUUAGGCCCUCCAGCACCCGGGAAGAGUACGACGAGUACGGGGAUCGGGAAUAUCGGGCGGCUGAACGGCUGGGCGAGCUGGCGGAGGGCGCAGCCUGCCACGCCCUUUAUCCGGAAUGCCGCAGAAGUGUGCUCGACGUAUUUUCCACGUUGACCACGUGA